UUCUUACCUAUUUAAUUUUUAACUUGAAUUAGAAAGCAAACAAUUUUUUGACAAGGUUGUAUUAGCACCUCCGUUACUUGAGAGCACCUCUCCAGGAGUGAAGGUUGUAGGAGGUGCUGUCCUGACCUAAACACCGCAAAGAUGUGUCUGGUGACAGGCUGUCCAGACAACAGCAUUAGGUCACAGCGACGCAUACGUCGCCUGUGUUUCAAACAUGAUCUUCAGCCCCCGCAAGAUGCCGCUCAACAGCCAUACGGCGACGGCAAGAAGCCUCAGUGUGAUGAAACAUGUCCCUCUAUAUCCCUGGGGCGCGUCACAAGCGAUUUUGAUGAUUUCGGAACUUCUGGCUCGCCUCCUUGUUUCGUUCCACUCCCCGAAUCACCUGCGCCUGAAGAGGAAGAGUUUGCACCUGCCAAACGAACGCCUCCUGUCAAAAACAACUCUAAACCUGCGAAAAAAACAUCAAAAGAAAGCAGCGAGAAGCGCAAGGAGAAGUCCCGUGAAGCAGCGCGAUGCCGGCGCAGCAAAGAGAGCGAGCUGUACAGCGCCCUGAGCGACUGUCUGCCCCUGCCGCGAGACCUGCUGGAGAACCUCGACAAGGCCUCCAUCAUGAGACUGGCCAUAGCCUGCCUACAUACUGGCGACAUGAUCGAUACUAGCCUGGCGCUGAGCAGCCAUGCAGCCAACAGUGACACGAGCAGCCUGCCGUGGGACGCUGGCCUGCAGGAGGUCUGCGAAGGCCAGUUCCAGGAGUCGCUGCUGCAGGCCGUCGAUGGCUUCGUGCUCGGCCUGUCCUGCGUGGGCGACGUCGCGUACGUCUCCUCCAGCAUCGCUCGCUACCUCGGCCUGGCGCAGGUUGACGUGAUGGGCGUAUCGCUGUACGACAUCGUGCACCAGUGCGACCACGAAGACCUGCGCCAGCUCCUGGCCAUCCCCACCCCCAGCAAGGACGAGGCUAGACUCGCGCCCCUGGAUGGCAGAGACCCCAAAGACGAGCACCUUUGGGAGCCCCGACAUGGCUUCCUCAGGAUGAAGUGCACCCUGGCGAGCAAAGGCCGUAAUGUCACCAUCAGGAACGCCUCGUACAAGNGACUAGCCCGCCGCAGCGACGUGUCGCCGCUUGGGUGGCUGAUGUGUGUGGCGGCGCCCGUGCCACAUCCCGCCAACAUCGAAGUGCCGCUGGACCGCACAACAUUCUUCAGUAAACACACACUCGAUAUGAAGUUCCAGUACGCCGACGAGAACUUCCCUCAGUUCUGCGGGUUCUCGCCUUGCCAGUUGGAAGGACAGUCGCUGUUCCAGCUGCACCACGAGAUGGACGGCCCUCUGCUGCGCCAGGCCUUCAACACCCGUGAGUUCCUCAGGCAUCCUCAUGGAGUAGAGGAAGCUGGCGUGGUGCUGUCUUGCGUGCAGCUGCUGCCGCGUCUUACCUCAGCGUCACCUCGCCACUCUCUCCCUCUUGAGGGUGCUGGUGCAGACUGUGCUGGUGCUGCUGCUGGUGUACUGGCAAUGACAGUUACUGCUCUUCCUAACUCACACAACUCGGCUAGCUCUUCACAUUCCACAGGCAAACGCUCCCUCAAGUUGCUGGCCAGUCGCAGCCCCCCCAUCUCCAACCAUGCUUCCCCCAACUUGAUCCCCUCCUCGAGCCCCACUCCGUACGGCCCCAGCAUUGAGUGUUCUUACGAUCCUCUUUACGUGGACGACGCAGCCGCUGUUCUGCCUGAGACUUCUUACCUCACUGCCUCAGCUGCCAUCGUAAGCGACCAAGCAGCGUUUGGUGGUCCCCUCACCAGUCAAACCGCAAGCAAAAGUCCCGCGAACUCUGAUCAACAUACAACAGAUUUGGCACUCUUCACUCAAGAUUUUCAAGAGUCAACAGCAGUUGAUGAUACUUUCUUCGGAAUUUCAACUGCGGACGAAGUAACCGAGCCCGAUUCAGUUCGUUUUGGUUCGGAUAAUUUUCAGAGCGAUCCGAUAACUGUCACUAAUGAUCUGAAGCAACAGAGUCCCGUGUUCAGCAAAUCCAUUGAAGACUCCAUACCUUUAUUUGACCAACAACAAUCCUCGCCUCUGCUGAGCCAAUCUGCAGCUGGUGUUUGGAACGUCAAGUCGAGUCUCGCAGCGUCUGUCAAGGACACGCCUACAAAGAAGGCGUGUACAGAAGAAUUAUUGUCGCCUGAGCCGCUGACCCUGGAACAAUACCUCUUCCUUGACUCGUCGUGUGACAGUGGGAGUCUGGACCUCUUCGAGGACAUCCAACAGCAGAGCUCAUCUCCCAGCCUGGAUGAAAGCAUGGACUUCAUCAAUAACUCACCUUUCUUGAAGACUGAAGAUUUCCUUGAUGACGAUGACAUGGACAACGGGGCCCCUCUACUCCACCUCAGUGAAGAUGAAAGCCUUAUUAUGUGGAGCCCUGCAGCAGAGGAAGCCUGCUGCAGCAACAGCAGCAGCAAUGACGGCAGCGUAAGCUGCAGUCACGGCAAACGCAGCAUCGAAUCUUGCGACAACGUCUUCAGCCCCGACAGUGGAUUUGAAGGUGGACUCUUCACCUCUGCUGGAGAUCGGUACAGUAGCACGCAUGAAGACCACUCGUCCCACAGGGACUCGGUGCGCCGUAGCUCCUUCUCUGAACUCCUACACCUGAGCAUCAGCUCCCCUCAGAGGGGGCAGGACGCUCCUGCGUCUUGUAUUGACCCCAACACAGUCUGGCCGGGCCUGGUGCGCCAUCAACCGCCUCAAGAAGACAAACUCCUGGACUUCGAGCAACUACUGCACGAAGACGACGACGAGGAUGAAGAGGAGCCGACCUCGUCGCCCUCAUUCGCGUCCGUGCUGGCGAGGGGCGGCCCCAGGGACGGCCCCUUCCGUAACGCUUGCCCGUCCUCCUCGAGCGGCCAGACGCCCCCUGCGUCAGCGCGCUUUCUCCCCGCCCGUAAGACCGACCAAGAGGAGCCUAAAUAUCGCGCGUCCAUUGGAGCUCCGACCUCAGCUACGGCUGUGUCCACCUCCUUGCUGGUCAUGCCGACGUCUGACAAACCGCCCAAUGAACCACCGGUGCCGACCAUCAAGCGACCUCCAUCGCCGUUCAAUGCCUCCGUGCAACUGGUGACCUGCAAGCGCAUGUGUUCUGCGCCCUCCGCUGAUGAGGGUAACGCCGGUAACGUUAUCCUGAGAAAACCUGUCAAGAGUGGCCGCCCUCUGGUCAAGCCUAACAUGCCCUGCGUACAGCAGCUGCUGGUGAGCAAUGAAGGACCCGAUAAAAACUCGCGCGAUGGCCUUAAAAAAUCCUUCAAUUCAGUCCUUAGGAACCUGCUAGUGUCCGGUCGUGACUUUAGCAAGGAACACUAUGUGCUGCCUCCCUCGUCUCCCCCUACGCGAGCCUGGUCCCCGCCGUCAUCGUCGUCUUCAUCAAAGUGUUCAUCCGCUGACUCCGACUCCGCCGACGAUACACGUGAUAACUCGUCGCCCAAUUCCCCCGUCCGCGCAUCACCUUGUAUCCUCCAUCGACCGUUACCAUCUCCUCGCCUCCCUAAAUCCUCAAUUGCGAACGAGUCUCCAACAGUGUCGUCGUCUGCUCAAGAAUGUGCGGACUUUAAGCAGGAGGAUGGCGGCUCUAGUUUACCAUCCUCAGCUUCAUCUACACUCUUGCUACGCUCAACUUCCUUAGGCAGGAUGAAAUUCCUCCGCCUCGCCUCUCCUCCAGCGAUUGGCUCUCUGUAUGCCACACUAUCGCCCGACGGACGCCUACAGCUGUGCACUCAACGCGCCCCUGCUAAGAUGACUCAGUCUGUGUUGCUGGGAAGCCCCGUGUGCCGACAGACCUUCAAGUCGAGCACGACGCCUGAGACGAAACCUACCGCAGCCAUCAUGACGCCCUGCACCGUUCACUACUGCGGCGCAGCCCCCGACAGCACCCAAGUCCUUAAGUUGAAAGGUUGCGGAUGCAAGAAGCUCCUUGUCAAAAGACAUGCUAAAGACACCACUGGCAGUGGAUCAGAGAAGCCGAGUAAGCGGCAGUUUUUGGUCGCAAGAGAUACAGCGUCCAGGUCAGGUCCAUGGCUGACGGUCUCGCCCAAUGGCUGCUGGACAACAACUGCGUCCGGGAUCAGGCACAACGCGACUUCUCGCUCAGGAUUAAAGGAGCCCGAAAUUUGCGCCUCCCGGAGUGGACAAAUCCAAAGUCGACAUUCAGAGUGCCUUUACAUGGAGGACUCCUCUGGCCCAUCUGUAACCAUCGUACCUUUUCUCUAAGAUUGUUAUUUUAAACAGCAAUCGGAUUUCUGUCACCGAGAUGCUUGCUGUGCAAUGCAACAAUAUAUAGUGUAGAAAUAAUCAGUUGCUUACGAUGACCUUAAUUGUGACGACAAAACUGUUCACAAUUCUAUGCUGGAUAACCGAAAACGAAAAUUAUUUGUCUUGCCUGUGAAUGAGGUUGCGAGUGGCCAACACUCGGUCGGUUUUGUGAGAUGAAAUUUACCGCUUACUCUGUAAUGGAUUUUUAGUUAAGAAUGUUCAUUUUCUUGUAAAUAAUCUCAUAAUUCAACCCUGGAUUUCGAGGAAUAAUAGAAUGGCUCACCCUUCAGUUAGUGCCAUAAAUAAGUUAUUUUUUAUGAACGUUUGUAUCGUCUAGACUUAAUGAGCAAGAGUGAGACAUCAAGUUCUUCGAAGAUUUCGUAUUUUGGAUACAUAUCUAAAGCACUGCAGCAUACCAAUAAUGCAAAGCUUUCAUUUUCGUCGACCGAAAUGUCUUCUUGUAGGAAUAAUUCGUCGAAACAACUUACGCUCAUGAGAUCGCAGUUCAUAAUACAAGUUGGAAAGCGUUCAUACACGGUGACGUAAUUUUUUAGCCAAUUAGUAUUUCUCCUUUAUUUUCGGUUCGGUUUGAAGUACAUUAGCUACGCGAUUCGUGUUGCAGUCCACAGAAUUCGGGAAAUUUCGCAUGAGAUUUGGUGUUGACUAGUGUAUGUUCUUAUCUUUUAGCAUGUUGCAAGUUGCCGAAAUGAAUGAUGAGUUCACGAUUGUAAUGCUUGCACAGAGCUGCUCAAUAAAAUGCGCAUGCUCGCAAUACCAACACAGGGUCUUAGAAUGAGAAGAGCAUUUUCCCCCGCAUAUCGCUAAGCACUUAAAGACUUGAGAAUAUUUUGCUUGUAUGAAGUCGUAAUGGAAGUUGAGUACCGUUGCACUGUUAGUCUUAAACUUUAGUAUAAUAAUCUGUAAAAAUAUUUGUUGUACGUUAAGAUAAAUGCGUACGCAAUGCCGUCGAGCUCGUACCAGCCGACGUCAGGAAACUAUUUUCCACAUUGCGUAUCAGAGAAUUUUAAAUGAAACUGGGAUAAUACAUGGGCAAACCGUU